CUAAAGAGAAAGACGUGACAACAAAGAGAGAGGAUGAAACAACGGCAGACGUAGCUCGCGACGAUACGGACCUUAAGGUUCGUCGACCAAUCGAGUCGCGGUCUGGCAACCGUCAAUCAGCGUUCGCGCGGGCGAACGUGUGCUUGUAUAUAGGUGGCCUGUCCGCGAAAUAUAGUAGCAGCCAUCUUAUAUUUUGUGUCGGAGAAAAACAAUUUGUCCCAUUACAAAUGUUUCGCGAUUGCCCGUGAAGCCGCUCGACCGGAGGGUAGGCGUGUGCGCUCGAAUGAGGCGCGACGUUUUUCGACCAUAGCCCGGACCACUACACUUAGCAAAGGUGGAUUGGUACGCAGGAUAUGAGCAGUUUGUCAAGCGCAACCUGACUCUGCUCCCCCAUCAGCAAAUUCACCCGCAGCCGCCGCCGCCGCCGCCGCACCAUCAUCACCACCACCACCAGCAGCAGCAGCAGCAACAACAGCAGCAGCAGCAGCAGGAGUUGCAGCCACAGCAGCUGGCUCAGCCGCAGCAGAGCGACAUAAUGACAUCUAUGUUCGACCAACAGAUUAAAAGCGAGCCGAUGGGCUUUUAUUCGGUUGCUUCUAGCCGUUCGGAUGGUUCUAAUUCUAUGGUUAAUUUAUCAGACGACAGGGAAGACCUUUCGCAACAGGAAGGCCACCUACAAUCUCAACAACAAAGUUCGUUGCAGCUGAGCCAACAGCAACAGAGUCAGCAACAGAAUCAGCAGCAGAGUCAACAGCAGUCGCAGCAGAGUCAACAACAGCAGAGUCAAAAUAUACAACCGGAUAGUCCUGGUCGACAGUCCACCGGUCAGCAGACCGUUAAGGAAGCCACCAGAUCUAAACCCCAGCCUUGUAAAGUCUGUGGCAAGGUCUUGUCCUCCGCGUCCUCCUACUACGUACACAUGAAACUUCAUUCGGGCAACAAGCCGUACCACUGUACGGUGUGCGAAGCGAGCUUUUGUCGUAAGCCUUACUUGGAGGUACACAUGAGAACUCAUACGGGCGAACGGCCGUUUCAAUGCGAGCUCUGUUUGAAAAGGUUCACGCAAAAGAGCAGUUUGAAUACUCACAAGCGCGUGCAUACGGGCGAACGGCCGUACGCCUGCGACAUCUGUCAGAAACGUUUCGCGGUAAAGAGCUACGUAACGGCGCAUCGUUGGAGUCACGUCGCGGAGAAGCCUUUGGUCUGUGACAGGUGUUCCCUGACGUUUACGUCGAAGAGUCAAUUCGCCAUACACAUUCGUACGCAUACCGCGGGUACGACUUACGAAUGUGGGAUUUGCGGGCGUACGUUUGUACGAGACAGCUACUUGAUAAGGCAUCAAAAUCGGGUUCAUCGCGACAUGAGUCAGAGCGGCUCGAAUCACAAUCCGUCGACGCCACAGAGCACCGCAGGCGGCGCCUCAGGGACCGGCUUUGAAAGUCCGGUCUGCGAUCUGCGUUACAACGAGGGACCAUCGUCGUUGGACGGUCUACCCGGUGGGAAGGGUGGUGGUAUCGCCGCUGAGAUCGCGAGCCUAGCCAAGCAAAACAAUCUACAGCUUCCUCUACCGUUACUGCAUCCGCAGACAACCAACUAGUGUUUAGACGGCAGCGCGUCACGAUCCCUGCCGCAAUCCCUGUCGCAGCAACGAUCACCGUCGUCGCAGCAAGUAGUAUGUCCACCCACCUCGGCUACCACGCCGUUCACACUUCAUUCACGCGAGCACGCCGUCACCGCCACUACUACCACACCAUCACCACCACCACCACCACUACCACCACCACCAUCACAACCUCCACCACAACCACCACCACCACCACCACCACCACCACCACCACCACCACCACUACCACGACCACCACCACCACCACCAUCAUCAACGCAGAGUGUCUACCAAACAACGGGCUCCUCCUCGGCUUCUCCUAUGGGUAGCCCUAAUUCCCAACUCUAUCCUCACUUGUCGAACCCCAUUGAUUCGCCGGAGUCUCAUCAUCGAGCUCAUCAUCAAUCGCAUCGUGGCAUUCCUCCGCCAGGGCUUCACCCUGCGCUAUAUCUAUACGCUCAGUACUCCAAUUCGACUCCCACGAUUUCCUCUUAUCCCGAGUACAGUCAUCGCAACGACUGAACCGAUGAUUAUUAAACACUAGCAUCCGAUAUCGUGGAUCUUUUUAAAGAAACAGAAGUUGCGUCCUUCGAUCACGGUGCUGGACCACGGUGCCCUACGAACACUACAAAGUGCCUACGAAAAAAGCAUCUCCUUUCUGGAUCGUGAUGGAUGCUUGCUUUCAAAAAAAAAAAAAAAAAACCCUUUCGUCGUUAUACGAAAGGAUUUUUCUUAACUUCCCUUACGACCUUGACCUCUUAUAAUCCCUCCCACACUUUCUGCCUAUCCAUACACCUACCACUACCACUUCCAUCACCAACAAUCAACCUUCUAGCCGUGACCCAUGGCAUAAGGAAGAGAAGAGAUAGAGAAAGACAGAUAGACAGAGAGAGAGAG